AUGGCAAUUAUAGGCAUGGCUUUGAUGUACCAUCCUACUUCAUCUCACUGCAUUCCUUCCGAGAUAACACAGUGCAGAGCUACACAUAAUGGAGCUAAUAGCUUUGCCAACAUGGUGCUGUCAGCGAAGAACAAGGAAAUCGCCUCCAGUCUACGCUCCCAUACACGGAGUUCCUUGAACUUGACUAAAGGUUGGAGUUUUGAUGUUGCUGAGGUGAAACAGAGGCGAGGGUAUCAGGUUAUUGUUGCUGCUAGUCCUCCUACAGAAGAUGCUGUUGUUGCAUCAGAGCCGCUCACAAAAGAAGAUCUCGUAGGUUACCUUGCUUCUGGUUGCAAGCCUAAGGAGAAAUGGAGGAUAGGCACUGGACACGAGAAGUUUGGAUUUGAAAUUGGAACAUUAAGACCCAUGAAAUAUGAUCAGAUAGCAGAGCUUCUCAAUGGUAUAUCUGAGAGAUUUGAUUGGGAUAAAAUAAUGGAAGGUGAAUACAUUAUUGGACUCAAGCAGGGAAAACAAAGUAUAUCGUUGGAGCCUGGGGGCCAGUUUGAACUUAGCGGUGCACCUCUCGAAACUCUGCAUCAAACUUGCGCUGAAGUGAAUUCUCAUCUUUACCAGGUUAAGGCUGUUGCAAAAGAGAUGGGGAUUGGGUUUUUGGGAGUCGGCUUUCAGCCCAAGUGGAAACGUGAGGACACACCAGGAAUGCCCAAGGGAAGAUAUGCAAUUAUGAAAAAUUACAUGCCCAAAGUUGGAACUCUUGGACUUGAUAUGAUGUUCCGAACAUGUACUGUUCAGGUCAAUUACCACCUGCUACGGUCUUUUACCAAAUUUCUACACACUCAAGUCUCAUGGUCGGCAUCAUGUACGGAGAAGAAGCAAUUGCGGUCCACAAUAAAGGCUCAAGCCAUGGAAUUAACCAAAGAGGCACACUCGUACCGCGAAAAGGACCGAAUUCCUAAAGACCCUUGGCAUCAAGCGGACACUGCCAUCGAUAACCAGCACGCGUUAUGGCCGCCCGAGAACAAAGCCGAUAAUCCCGCCCUUAACAACCCUUUGCUCAGACAAGAAAGGAUGGGCUGUGGCUGGUUAGGCGUCAUAUUCGAGUGGGAAGGUGUUCUAGUUGAGGAAAAUCCCGAUCAUGAGAAGCAAGCGUGGUUGACUCUUGCCCUGGAAGAAGGAAAAUCUCCCCCACCCGCCUUCAUGCUCCCGAGGAUCGAUGGCAUGAAAAACGAGCAAGCAAUCGGAGAAGUUCUCUGCUGGUCUCGGGACCCAAGUGAGUUAAAACGAAUGUCAUCCAGAAAGGAGGACAUAUACAAUUUUUUGCACAGUGGGGAUUACAAGUUUCGUCCGGGCUCUCAAUCGUUUGUCAACGUCCUCACGAACCACAAGGUGCCUAUGGCCCUGGUUUCGACUCGGCCAAGAAAGUCCAUUGAGAGGGCAAUUGCGGUAAUUGGCAUCGAGAAUGUGUUUAGCGUGAUUGUGGCAGCCGAGGAUGUGCACAGGGGAAAGCCUGACCCGGAGAUGUUUUCGUAUGCAGGACAGCUCUUGCAGUUCAUACCCGAGAGGUGUAUAGUGUUUGGGAACUCGAACUUGACUGUGGAGGCUGCUCGUGAUGCGAGGAUGAAAUGUGUUGCGGUUGCUAGCAAGCAUCCGGUGUACGAGCUUGGGGCGGCAGAUAUAGUGGUGAGUCGGCUUGAUGAGCUCUCUGUGGUGGAUUUGAAAAAUCUUGCGGAUAUUGAGUCGCCUGAGUUUGGGUUGGAUGAACCGGAGAUGGAGAUGGAGGUCGAGGAGGACGAUAUUGAUGAUCGAGUUCAUAAUGUUAUAGUUGUUCAUAAUGUUAUGCUGUUUGUAUGUUAUCCCAUGUCUUGGAUUUUCCUAGUCCAUAUUCUCCUGUUGGCACUUGGCGACAUCUUGCAUGAAAUUGUAGGCAUGGCUUUGAUGUACCAUCCUACUUCAUCUCACUGCAUUCCUUCCGAGAUAACACAGUGCAGAGCUACACAUAAUGGAGCUAAUAGCUUUGCCAACAUGGUGGUGUCAGCGAAGAAUAAGGAAAUCGCCUCCGGUUUACGCUCCCAUACACGGAGUUCCUUGAACUUGACUAAAGGUUGGAGUUCUGAUGGUGCUGAGGUGAAACAGAGGCGAGGGUAUCAGGUUAUUGUUGCUGCUAGUCCUCCAACAGAAGAUGCUGUUGUUGCAUCAGAGCCACUCACAAAAGAAGAUCUCGUAGGUUACCUUGCUUCUGGUUGCAAGCCUAAGGAGAAAUGGAGGAUAGGCACUGAACACGAGAAGUUUGGAUUUGAAAUUGGAACAUUAAGACCCAUGAAAUAUGAUCAGAUAGCAGAGCUUCUCAAUGGUAUAUCUGAGAGAUUUGAUUGGGAUAAAAUAAUGGAAGGUGAAUACAUUAUUGGACUCAAGCAGGGAAAACAAAGUAUAUCGUUGGAGCCUGGGGGCCAGUUUGAACUUAGCGGUGCACCUCUCGAAACUCUGCAUCAAACUUGCGCUGAAGUGAAUUCUCACCUUUACCAGGUUAAAGCUGUUGCAGAAGAGAUGGGGAUUGGGUUUUUGGGAGUCGGCUUUCAGCCCAAGUGGAAACGUGAGGACAUACCAGUAAUGCCCAAGGGAAGAUAUGCAAUUAUGAAAAAUUACAUGCCCAAAGUUGGAACUCUUGGACUUGAUAUGAUGUUCCGAACAUGUACUGUUCAGGUGAAUCUAGAUUUUCAUUCUGAAGCUGAUAUGAUACGGAAGUUUCGGGCUGGUUUGGCUUUACAGCCUAUAGCCACAGCACUCUUUGCAAAUUCACCUUUCACUGAAGGGAAGCCGAAUGGUUUUCUCAGUAUGAGAAGCCAAAUCUGGACAGACACUGAUAACAACCGUGCUGGGAUGCUUCCAUUUGUCUUUGACGACUCCUUCGGGUUUGAACAGUACGUAGAGUAUGCUUUGGAUGUUCCAAUGUACUUUGUCUAUCGAAAGAAGAAAUAUAUUGAUUGUGCUGGGCUGUCCUUUCGGGAUUUUAUGGCUGGGAAACUUCCUUGUCUUCCGGGUGAAUAUCCUACUCUCAAUGACUGGGAGAAUCAUUUGACUACCAUAUUCCCAGAGGUUAGGCUUAAAAGAUACUUGGAGAUGAGAGGUGCUGAUGGAGGGCCCUGGAGGAGGCUGUGCGCAUUACCUGCAUUUUGGGUCGGUCUAUUGUAUGAUGAGGUCUCCCUACAAAAUGUUCUGGACUUGACAGCAGAUUGGACAACAGAAGAAAGACAGAUGCUUAGGAAUAAGGUGCCAAAGAGUGGUUUGAAGACGCCAUUUCGCGAUGGACUGCUGAAACAUGUUGCCCAAGAAGUUGUGAAAUUUGCGAAGGAUGGACUGGAAAGAAGAGGCUUCAAGGAAACUGGAUUUCUAAAUGAAGUGACAGAAGUGAAGUUCGCCGCCAGUAUCCCUUCCUGGCCGCCUGAAGGUCGCCGCCACACCUUGAGUUUGCUGUCGACAGUUUUAUUGAUUUGGUUGAUAUCAUUUCAGGGUGUACCCGGGGUUAUCUCCUGUCCCCGGCUUAUCGUUAUUUGGACUAUAAUACUCUUGGAAAUGUUCUCCCUCCAGUCCUUGUCUUUGUCUUCAGCUGAGCUCUUUUUUAUAAACCCUCGAAACUCUUCUGUACGAAAACUCAUAAGCACAGUUACCGCCUACUCAAAUCCUAACGCUUCUGUCUCCGAUGACCUGCACGGCGCAUUUUUCGGCCAUCUGAACAAUUAUUCCAGCGUGACAAUCGAGGGUUCAGUGGAACUGAAGUCCGAAAAGCUGAGGUUGGACUCAUGGAUAUCUUCUCGCAUUAGCGGCAUCAGUAGAGCUAGAGUUCAGUCCAGCAUUCGUUCAGGAUUGGUGUCUGUCAAUAGCCAAGUCAUUAAUAAGGUGUCUCACGUAUUGAGAGAUGGGGACGUGGUUAACUGCAAGAUAGCGGAGUUGCAGACUUUCAGGGCUGAACCAGAAGACAUCCCGUUGGACAUAGUUUAUAAACAUGAACACGUACUUGUUGUCAACAAGCCUGCUCACAUGGUGGUUCAUCCUGCACCAGACAAUGCAACAAGGACACAUGUAAAUGAAAUUCUUCCCUACUGCAGACUUUCCACUGUAUGUUUCAGUCGAAUCAGUCCAGAAGCACCGACUGAGACUGAUGAUUCAGGAGAUGAGGUCUGUGCCUUUCCUGUACAUCAAGGUCGUAAUGAAAGUAACGGUUUUGGCUUAUAUGAGGAAUCUGUACGCCUUGGAGUUGUCCACAGAUUAGAUAAAGGGGCCAGUGGAUUGCUCGUCGUUGCAAAGGAUGAGCACUCUCACACCCAUCUAGCUGAACGGUUCAAGAAACACACGUUAAAGAGAGUCUAUGUAAGUCUUGACCGUGGCGUAUCCUCACCACUUUCCAAUCACAUAGACAUCCCUAUAGGGCGCAAUCCAAACAACAGAAUUCGUAUGAUUGCUAGUCCUGGACUAGGUAUUCGUGGAAAAGCCCGCAAUGCUGUUACUAGGGGGAUAAUGACUCGUAAUGUAAAUGAUAAAGCCUCAUUCCACAGUAGCUCGCUGGCUUCAAUAACUGAUUCCGGUGGCUUCUCUAGAACCUCUUAUGUACCAAGCGCCAGUAGUACCACUGGAACUGGAGCUCGUUCCACCAUUCAUUCAGAUCUGCUGCAUCUUCUAAAUAGGACUGCCCCAUCAUCACUUUCUCAAGUUCAGCAGACCCAUGCUCAACUGCUUAGAACAGGUCUUUGUGACCACCUUCCUCGUUAUAGAACCAAGCUCAUCUCGCUCUACUCCAACUACAACCAUUUUUCGGAUGCAAAAAACCUUCUCCUUUCCCUUCCAAAACCCGAUCUUCUCUCAUUCACUACACUAAUUAAUGCAUCCUCUAAAUGUAAUGAUUUUAGAUACAUUUUGAGUUUAUUCUCUCAUAUGCUCACAAAUGGACUUGACCCUGAUGCCCGUGUUAUUCCAAGCAUUAUCAAGGCCUGUGCCGGACUACUGAUGGAUAAAAUUGGAAAGCAAGUUCAUGGAUUUUGUUUGUCAUCUGGGCUCUCCAUGGAUCCUUUUGUUGAGUCUUCCUUGCUUCAUUUUUAUGUGAAAUGUGAAGACCUAGAUAGUGCUCACAAGCUGUUCAAUAAAAUGGCUGAGAGAGAUGUUGUUUCAUGGAGUGCGUUGGUUGCUGCUUAUGCACGGAAAGGAGAUGUGGAAAAUGUGAACAAGGUAUUCGGUGAGGUUAAUCUUGGGUUUGAACCGAAUAUUGUUUCCUGGAAUGGUAUGAUUGCAGGAUUCAAUCAGAGUGCUUGUUUCCUCGAUGCAGUUUUGAUGUUCAAGAAGAUGCUUUCACAUGGUUUUGUAGCCGAUGGGACUAGCAUUUCUAGUGUUCUUCCUGCAAUAGGUGACCUGGGGUAUUUAAACUUAGGCAUUCAAGUUCAUGGGUAUGUGAUCAAGACCGGCUUUGCUGUCGAUAAGUGUAUUGCUAGUGCACUUAUUAAUAUGUACAGUAAAUGCAGCAGUGUAUCAGAAAUGAUGCGAGUGUUUGAGGAUAUUAGCCAAGGGGAUGUUGGGGCUUGCAAUGCCUUGAUAGGAGGCCUUGCUAGACAUGGCCUCGUUGACCAGGCACUUAAGGUAUUUGAAGACCUUCGAGGCCGAGGAAUGGAAUUGAAUGUCAUUUCAUGGACUUCAGUGAUAGCUUGUUGCUCACAACACGGUAAAGAUAUCGAGGCUCUGAAACUUUUCAGAGAAAUGCAGUCUGCUGGUGUGAGACCGAAUUCCGUAACCAUCCCUUGCUUGCUUCCGGCUUGCGGAAAUAUUGCGGCACUAAUGCAUGGGAAGGCUGCACACUGCUUUUCUGUCAGAAGGAACAUUUCGAGCAAUGUUUAUGUAGGUAGUGCACUGAUAGAUAUGUAUGCCAAUUGUGGUAAGAUCCAAGCUGCUCGAUUCUGUUUCGACAAUAUGCCUGUCCGUAAUUUGGUUUGUUGGAAUGCUAUGUUGGGCGCAUAUGCAAUGCAUGGAAAGGCAAAAGAGGCUAUUUAUUUUUUUCAGUCUAUGCAGAGGAAUGGUCAAAAACCCGAUUCCUUUAGUUUCAUCAGCCUCUUAUCGGCAUGUAGCCAAAGUGGCCUUACAGAAGAAGGGAAACACUAUUUUGAAAUCAUGUCCAGGGAUUAUGGUCUUGAAGCUGGAGUAGAGCAUUAUUCAUGUGUUGUGAAUCUGCUUGGUCGAGCCGGAAAACUACAAGAAGCCUAUUCUGUGAUUAAGAAAAUGCCGCUCGAGCCUGAUGCUUGUGUUUGGGGUGCAUUGUUAAGUUCCUGUAGACUUCAUCAUGACAUGAGCUUGGGUGAGGUUGCUGCGAGUAAAUUGUUUGAAUUAGAACCAAGGAAUCCUGGAAACUACAUUCUGCUGUCUAAUAUUUAUGCUUCUAAAGGAAAAUGGGAAGAAGUGGAUAAAGUUAGAGAUAUGAUGAGAGAUAAGGGGAUGAGGAAGAAUCCUGGCUGCAGUUGGAUUGAGAUAAAAAACAAAGUAUACAUGCUUUUGGCGGGUGACAGAUCACUUCCACAAAUGGCUCAAAUUCUGGACAAGUUGGCCAAACUGAGCAUAGAAAUGGAGAAAGCAGGUUACUUGAGACACACAAGUGAUGUUCUACAAGAUGUGGAGGAACAAGAGAAGGAGCACAUCUUAUGUGGGCACAGUGAGAAGUUGGCUGUAGUUUUUGGUCUCCUGAAUACUAGUCAAGGGUCUACUUUGAGGGUUACAAAGAACCUGAGAAUCUGUGGGGAUUGCCAUGUUGUUAUAAAAUUUAUAUCUGGAUUUGAGAGAAGAGAAAUUUUUGUCCGAGACACAAAUCGGUAUCACCACUUCAAAGAUGGAGACUGCUCAUGUGGGGAUUACUGGUACAAAGUAAUUGAAAUACACGCCGGUGGUGGUUGUGCAUUGAUCCAAGCCCACACAAAGUAUCUUGGUAUCUCCCUAUUGGGAGAAGUGUAUGAGGAGCUAAGAGCAGGGCCAUGUCAUUGCUUCAGUCAAACGAGCUCAGCCAGCCACCACCGCCAAAUUUUGCAACUAGUUAAAUCAAAGACCCUGCCUUCAUGCUUUAGUUCUCGGGUUGAGGCAGCCACAAACGGGAGAAGACUUAACAGAUAUACUAUCCCUUUUUCUAUGGUUGAAUUUGGGAAAACGGGUUCCUAUGAGACGAUUGUUAGUGUGGUUGUGGUGGGAGAUGGAAUGAUAAAAAUCACAGUUGGAAAGUAUGGAAGUAAAGUUGGAACACGUUUAUUCACUCUCCCAACAAAAAACGAAAAUAUUCCAAUUGCUGCAGUCUAUUCACUCUCCCAACAAUGUUUAUCGGCACCAUAUACAAAUAAACAUCUUCCAAGUGCUGAAUUUUGUGUGGUCUAA